AUGACCCGAACCUGUGUCACCCGAGAGCGCCUAACUGGAGUGUUCAACGCAGGUGGAAAAGCAUCCGCUCCCCGCCCCAGUCCCGCAUUCUUCCCGCCGGAAAUCAAGGAAGGUCAAGGUCAGGGGGCUGAAGCGCAGCAGGCGGAGCCCAGGCUGAGGAGACCAACGGCAACAAAAUGCGAACUUGAACACGAGGACCCGCACAGGCGGCGUCAGGCCGGGCCAGCGCACUGCACCGCGGGCGGAGGGUCAGACCCCCAGCGCCCCUGGCACCACCUCCUGCCCCUGGCUCCUUCCCCGCCACCCCGCACGCUCCCCGACCCCCCCCAUGCCCGCUGCUGCGCCGGGCCCGCUCGGGCUGCCGGCCAGGCCCCUCUCCUGUCCGCGUCGGUCGUGAGGACUCGAACACGCUCCGGCACGGCUCAAGGAGGCCCUCGGUCCCGCGGCGGAGGCACCUCGGCCGCACGCGCUCGCAGCAGGGCGGGGAGUCGCCGGCGCCGGCCCGACGCCUGGUUUUCCCGCCGGGCUGCGGGCUCGUGCGGGGAAAGGGGCACGGCCGGCGGGGAAGAGGCGAUCCGCGAGUCCGGACCUCCCCACCCCGCACGCUCCCUGCCGUCCGCGCCUCCUUCAGCGCCCGGGCGCGCGCUCGGUGUCGCCGCCAGAGGUCGGCGCGGCGGUGUCCCCGCGCUCGGAAGCCAGCGGGACACCCACAACGAGAACUUUCUCUCGCGCGCGGACGCGGCGUCUCCCCGCAGCAGCGGGCCCGGAGGGGACGCACGCAGGGCUCGGGGGACGGCGCUGCGGUCCACCGACCAGCACAGCGCGGGCGCACGCGGAGUGCCCGAAAGUAGAGCGAGUCCCGCCGGGAACACUGCGGGGACGCUGGAGGAGCACCGCGCGGGCGUCCCGCACGCUAAGCUCGCCCGCAAGUCCCACAGCCGCGUCGUCCCUGCUCGGGACCCGCCACGUCGUCCCCGCACAGCCGGCCCCGAGCCCCCUCCCCGCACACGGGAACCAGCGCGGGCCUCCGGGACCACAGGCACCCCCGGCCGCCCCGGGUUCUGCUCCGGGCGCCGAGGCGGCACGCGGGGAGUGGACCCAGCGGUGAGCCCGGCGGCUGACCGAGAGCCCGGGUCCCCUCGCCCCGCCGCGCCCCUGACUCGGCGUCCCCACGGGGAACCGGGGGACCCACGCAGCGGGGGCUCUCCGCGCGGGCGCCCCCCGGACUGGGCCCCGGGCCCCGGCUUUGAGGACCCCCGAGGCGGCCGAGGAGCGCCGCCCUCCCCGCCCCCACGCCCACUCCGCCCGGCGCCAACAAAGGGGGGUCGCGCCGCGACAAGUUUCGCUCCGGGGUCGUGUCGCUGGGACCCGGAGACGACUUGCGGGUCAGUCCCGUCGCGCCCGCGCCCCCUCGGCGGCGCCGGUUCCCCCGCUCCCCCCCUCCCCCCCGGCCGGACACGCGCCCCAAGUUACCACAAAGGGCCGAGGAGGGGGUCCCGGAGCCGCGCGCCAGCCGGUCCCGCCCCGCCGAGCUCCGCGUCCUCCCGGCAGCCGCGCCACCGCCGUCAACAGGUCUUCGCCGCCUCCGGGCGGGAGGACGACCCCGCGCUCGCGCCGCCCUCCCCCUGCAACCUGCCCGCCGGCGCCCCGCGCCCCCCUGCCCGGCGCCUUUCCCGCGCACCCCGGCCGGACUGGGUUCCCGCCGACCGAGGCCCGGCACCGCGCGGCCGCUCCUUACCUCCCGCGCCGCCGCAGUCGGCCGCGCUGCGCGUCCUCGGGGCCCGCCGGCUCCGCCCCCGCACGGAAAGUUGCCGGACGUCGGCGCGGACUCCGCACCCCCGGCCGCGGCCCGCCCGCCCCCCGCGCUGCCCGCCCCGCCGCCUCCCGAGCGGCCGGAGCGCUCACUGGCGCGGCGGGGCUGCCUGCGCGGGCCUCGGGCGGGGCCAGCGGGACGCGGGGCGCCCCCUGUCGGCCGGCGGGAGCGCCGGUGGCAGCGCGGGAUCCCCGCGAGCGGGACCGGCUGCGGGUGCUGACGGGCUUCCGGCGAAACCACGCCCCCCCCGCGCCUCGCCCCCCCAACCUUCCCUGGACACCCCCCCCCCCCCCGCGGGCCCCAGCGAGGCUGUGCCCUCCCCGUGCGCUCCGGUCCCGCCCCGCCGUGAGACACGCGACCCGCCGCCACGGGCACAUGCCCAUCGGAGCCCAGAACUGCGCGCGGGGCGUGCGGGAGACACGGCCAGCGGCCUCCCCGCGCGCGCGGACCGGGAAAGCGCGACCCUAAAGCGCGGGGGCCUCGACGUGUGUCCGAGACGCCCGGGACGGAGGCUGCGAGGGUUCCGUUCGGGGCUGAGCAUAGACGGUCAAGGGACAGCGCCUUGUGAGGCCGGCGGAGGGGAAGGGCCGCCGUGCGGUGCGGGGCCUGCAGUCGGACAAACAGACCCUCCCAGACCCCGACGCCCCGCUCCGCGCCCGCGACGCCCCGCAGGAUCACAGCUGCCGAAGGCGCUCGUGCGGUCAGACGGACAGAGGCGCGGCCGCAGCGGCGGGAGCAGAGCAGGGUCAGCGCAGAGAAGGCGCCCGGCGUCCACGCAGUCGGCGUCCACGCGCCCGGCGUCCGGUUCUUCCCACCGCACUUCACCGUCCGGAGAACAAGGCGGUACCGGGAAGCCCCCACCCCACUUGUUGACUGAAGCAGUUUUCUUCCCGCCGACGCCUUUCCCGCGGGAGAAGACGCGGCCUGCGGUUUCCGGAGCAGACGCUAACCUGAGGGAACACGCGGCCCUCAUCGACUCUCACGGUAAAUGCGACGUGACCACAGUCCUGGACCCCAGCGGACCCACCUCAGACCCCGUGAGUGAGGAGAGCCGGAGCCACUACCGGACUGAGGCCUCUUUGGACGUGGUCAGGGCGGCCCGUCCGGUCUUCCUUGUUACCGCAACGGCCCAGCGCGCGGUGAGAUCAUUGAGUAACAACAGUCCGAGGGCCGUGUUAACUGCUUUUUCUGUAAAUAACCUUAAAUCGAUUUCAGUCAUUCCUCAGUAG